CUUCCGUCUCCUCCUCACUCGCCACCAUGUUCAGGCCCACCACCCUCCUCCGCCGCGUCGCCGCCAUCGCUCAUACCAAGGCCCCAUUGCCUGCCCGGCCACUGCUGCGGGCCUUUUCCGCGACAGCUGUCACCCGCCACGGCGACCUUGUGCGGCCAAAGCCUGGGACAGGCAUCAAAGUCACCUACACCGACUCGAAGGGGAAUGUGAUCAAGACGAUCGAGGGGAACGAGGGGGACGACCUGCUGUCUCUGGCGCACGAGCACGACAUUGACCUUGAAGGUGCAUGUGAGCGCUCCGUCGCGUGCUCGACCUGCCAUGUUAUCAUCGACCCCAAGUUCUUUGACAAGCUUCCGGAGGCGGAUGACGAGGAGAACGACAUGCUGGAUCUUGCAUUCGGGCUCGAGGACACCUCCCGCCUUGGUUGCCAGGUGUUGCUCACGCCUGAGCUGGACGGCAUGGUUGCGCGUUUGCCGGCUGCGACGCGCAACAUGUAUGUUGACGGGGCGAAGGCGCGCACGCACUAGAUGUUGUUCGAGUAUGCAUCACCACUGUAAUGACG